GAAAGGGUAAGUCACAUGAGCGUGAUUUCCAAUUUUUCCACAUUCUAAGUUGUGCUGGUAUUGAGUAACCGAAACGGUUGACACCGGUUAGCUGUUUAAAAAGAGGAGCAGCCUUUAGAAGCAACUGGAAGAAACAUUUGUGUCUCACUAAGUUUCAGGUGUAACAAUGAAAGCUGCGGUGUGUGCCGUUCUCCUCUUGCUGGCUUUUUCUCAAGUUGAAGCACUGAGGUGCAACUACUGUUUCUCAAAAGGCAGCGAUCUGUGUAAUCCGACUAGCAUCCAGACUUGUUCCAGAUCUGCUGAUGCCUGCGCUGCAGUUAUCCUUCAAGGACUUCUAAGCCAAUCUUUCCGUCAGUGCAUGAACAUGGCUGUGUGUCAGGGCUACAUCAAAACACCCGGCGCAUUCGCUAAUUGCUGCAGCACAGACCUCUGCAACUGAACGCCUUGACUAGCAGUCGCUAUGCAAAACGCUGUUUGCUUUUUGCUCAUCUCACAUGCAAAUAAAGGCUAUUUUCUCCGA